CGCGAUUAGUUUUUGAGCGUUCUUGGGAAUAUCUGGUACAGGUUGCUCCUAUGUUCCGGGCAGGAAAGUUUUGUUUGUGGCGUUCUUGAACUUCACCAUUGAAUUCCUUGAAUUCAUUUGCACGAUAUACAUAGCUCCAGAAGUUCGUGAUGUAGUUGUUUACGUUGUGAAUGUGCAUUGUGGAUGUUAUUGAUGUGGAUGGAUACAUAAGAGAGGUUGAAGUGAAAAUUAUUAUUGCGUCAAUCUUAACUACAGGACUAGAUACCAUAGAGUUUCAGAACCCAAAGUGCCUGGCUCUCGCAAAAAUGGACUUCGACAAGGUGCUCGAGAAGUGCGGAAACUUCAACCGAUUUCAACUGAUUUUGUUGGGCUACUUCGCGUUCAUCAACCUCAUGGUGUCUAUGCAUUAUUUCUCGCAAACAAUCAUAAGUUUCGUCCCGGAGCAUUGGUGCUACCACGAGAAGCUCGAAAACAUGACGUUCGAGCAAAUACGUGAAGUUUACUCACAAAUCAAGAACCCUUCCUGCACAAAGCUGACGGAUAUAGUCGAUGGGAAGGGUAUCCCCAGUAAAAAUGGCUGUGAUAAAUGGAUUUAUAAUCUGGAGUUUGGCUACCGAAGUAUGACUGCAGAGCUCAACUGGGUUUGCGACUCCGCAUUUGAAUCAACUGUUGGUCAGUCGAUGUUUUUCGUCGGUUCUAUGAUAGGGACGAUGAUAUAUGGAAUCCUUUCUGACCACAUCGGGAGACUUCCGACAAUUAUUAUUUCUAAUCUGUCGGGAAUUAUUGGAGAUUUUUCAACAUCAUUUGCUAGGAGCAGUAUUACAUUUGGUGUAUGCCGUUUUGUAUCAGGACUAGCAGCGGAUACUAACUACGUCCUUAUGUAUAUUUUAGUCAUGGAAUACCUACAUCCAUCAAUGAGAACGUUCGGCUUGAACCUCUGCGCUGGAAUAUUUUACAGUGCGGGGCUAGUCGUUGCUCCGUGGCUGGCUGUUUGGGUUGGCGACUGGCAGUCGUAUCUAGCUCUAGCAUCCUUGCCAUUGCUGGCGAUAGUUACUAUAUAUUUCAUUUUACCAGAGAGCGCUCAGUGGUUGGUAACAAGGAAUAGAUUCGAAGAUGCCGUGAAGUCUUUAAAGAAAGUGGCGCGUAUAAACGGUCGAAAAGUUGAAGAUGAAGUUUUUAAAGAAUUUCAAGAUUUCUAUAGAAAGGAUAUUGAUGCUAAGGAGAAAAAAGAUAAUUUCAUUGGAAUGUUCAAAACGCCAAGAUUGCGCAAACUGACGUUCAUAUUGUUUUUCAAAUCGAUGGUGAUAACCCUCUGCUAUGAUGUCGUUUCGCGGAAUGUGGAAGGUAUGGGUCUUUCGCCAUUCAUCAUGUUCUCCAUAAGUUCCUUGGCCGUACUGCCAUCAUCGAUUGCCAUGAUUCUCCUACAAGAUCGAAUCGGACGAAAAGGAAUGGCUUCCGGAUCUUUGCUAUUCGGAGCUAUAUUCACAACAGCGACAGGAGUAAUUAUAGCUUAUCAGCGUGAAAAUCAAAACGCAUUCCUUUUGGCCUCCAUGCUCUUCAUUGCUCGAUUCGGAGUAUCGAUUUCGUAUGAAUCCAGCGCCCAAUACGCUACAGAAUUGAUACCAACCGCGGUUAGAGGACAAGCAGUCGGAGCAGUUCAUCUCGCCGGUUAUGCCAUGACGUUUUUAAGUGCCUACAUUAUUUUCCUAGCGAAAUACUUCAAACCAUUGCCAUCGAUAGUUUUAAGUAUCCUUUUAUUGGCCGGUUCGUUUUGCUGCCUCCUACUUCCGGAAACAUUGAAUAAGCGACUACCAAAUUCUCUGGAGGACGGUGAAAACUUUGGCCGGGACGAAAAAAUAUUUGACUUCCCUUGCAUAGGGAGAAAAACUGAUGAUGAUGAGGAUGUUCCAGCAAAUAAAGAUGUUGUAAAUGGUGUUUAAA